AAACGAAAGGGAAAGGUUCCAUUUAAGCAAGUUAGUAAUUUUUCUUAAUUAAUAAAGAAAUGACAGUUCAGCUUGUUCCUUCCUUUAUAAACAAAGGAUACCCCCAAGUCUUUUUGAGAAACAUCACAAUCCCAAUUCACAGACGCACUCAGAAGUCAGAAACCCUCUCAAGUACACAAACAUAAAAAGAAACAAAACACAUUGCAGAUUAGAUAAGAGAGCACAGAGACUAAAUUAAAUUAAAUUAAUGGGUCGCAAUAGCAUUGACAUGGAUAAAGAAAGACUAACGGCAGAGAUGAAUUUCAAAGACUCAUCCUCUGCCGUUAUCAAAAUUCGGCAAAGAUUACCGGAUUUUCUAAAGACGGUGAAGCUCAAGUAUGUCAAGUUAGGUUAUGGCUAUACAUGCAAUGCCACAACCAUCCUCAUUUUCACCCUCGUUGUCCCUCUCUUACUCUUCCUCGCAGUUCAAUUUCAACUCACUGAUCUAAAACUUGAUCGUCUCUCACAACUCUUGCUCGAACACACCGUCCAACUUGACACCGACACAGCCUUAGGUUCAAUUGUACUACUCUUCCUCUUCGGUCUGUACUAUGCGAAACGAUCCCCGCCAAUUUACAUGGUGGAUUUUGCGUGCUACAAACCGGAGAAUGAGAGGAAAAUAGCAGUGGAAUCUUUUGUUGAAAUGUUAGAAGAUAGCGGCCAAUUCGGAGAAGAAACACUUGAAUUCCAACGCCGCAUUUUAUCAAGAGCAGGUUUAGGCGACGAAACUUCGUUGCCAAACGGAAUAAUGUCCCGUCCACCAAAUCUAAGCAUGAAAGAAGCACGUUUGGAAGCAGAAGCUGUAAUGUUUGGAGCAUUAGACGCACUUUUUGCUAAAACAGGUGUUAAUCCAAAAGACAUUGACAUUCUUGUUGUAAAUUGCAGUUUAUUUAAUCCAACUCCUUCACUUUCUGCUAUGAUUGUGAACCAUUACAAACUAAGAACAAACAUUAAAAGCUAUAAUCUCGGAGGCAUGGGUUGUAGUGCUGGUCUUAUUUCAAUUGAUCUUGCUAAAGAUCUUUUGAAAGCGAAUCCAAAUUCAUAUGCAGUGGUUCUCAGCACUGAGAAUUUAACAUUGAAUUGGUAUUUUGGAAAUGACCGUUCAAUGCUUCUUUCUAACUGCAUUUUCAGAAUGGGUGGUGCUGCUAUACUUCUAUCUAAUAAACCCUCUGAUAGAACCCGGUCUAAGUACAAACUGGUUCACACGGUUCGAACCCAUAAAGGAGCCGAUGACAAGAACUAUAACUGUGUUUAUCAGAGAGAAGAUGAUGCUGGGAACAUUGGUGUUUCUUUGGCUAGAGAAUUAAUGGCUGUUGCUGGUGAUGCUUUGAAAACAAACAUAACAACUCUGGGUCCAUUGGUUUUACCGUUUACAGAACAGUUUAUGUUUUUUGUGUCAUUGGUUAGGAGGAAGGUUCUGAAAGGUGGUUCAGGUGUGAAGCCUUAUAUACCUGAUUUUAAGCUUGCUUUUGAGCAUUUCUGUAUUCAUGCUGGUGGAAGAGCGGUUUUGGACGAGUUGCAGAAGAAUCUUCAACUCAGUGAGUGGCAUAUGGAACCGUCUCGGAUGACUCUGCAUCGAUUUGGAAACACUUCAAGUAGUUCUUUAUGGUAUGAACUUGCUUAUACUGAGGCUAAGGGCCGGGUUACAAAAGGGGAUCGGGUAUGGCAGAUUGCAUUCGGGUCGGGUUUUAAGUGUAACAGCGCUGUGUGGAAGGCUGUGCGUGACUUGCCUGAAGUUGGAGAUUGGCGGGGCAACCCAUGGGAUGACUCUGUUCAUAAGUAUCCUGUUAGUGUCCCUGUUUCUGUUGCUACUUAAAAUUAAAAUUUAUUUGUAAAACAAAGAUUGUUACA